AUGAGCAACACGCCUUCCCCCCAUAACCACACCAGGCUUGUACUUGAACUUCGUACCGGUAUCAUUGAUUUCGACGACGCAAUCAUCGGUGACUCGGUCAAAGAGGCGGAGAAGAGAGAUUUCAUGGGGGCGGAGGCCGGGCAAUUUGUCGUCGGCGCGAAUGUCUUCGACGAGAAUAGGAGUGCCGGAGAGCGUCGAUAG